GUAUGUUGCUCUGGCAGAGGAAAUAAUGGUCUUCCUCACAUCUUUACAGAUAUGAAGUAAUGAAGCAGUGCUGGGAUGAAGAUCCUCUGUCCAGACCUUCUUUCUCCUCAUUGGUCUCUACUGUUGGUGCCAUGUUGAGUGCUGACUACAGACAGCGUUACCUCCAGCUUACGGAGGACUUCCUGAAAGGAAAGAAUCCAGCUGUAGUUCAGUCCAGUUUAUCCAGACAAGCUGCAGAGGAAACAGAUGGACAGAGGAACAACCAAAAAGGAGAUCCUGCCUCAGAAGCCAAGGUUCACCAGUUGGGAGUAGAGCCAGACGGGCCUGGCCCCUCCCACAGCACUUUUAUCAUCCCUGUCUCUGAUGUCACCGUAGAAACCAUCGCUGCGCUGGACGCAGUGAGUCCUCAGCUGUCAGAACCUGCCGCCAUCUCGGAGUCAAAGGAAGUGACACCACCGCCAGACGCCACAGAGCCACCUACUUCAUCCAGCUCCCCUGAUGAAGAGGAAGAGAGCUGCCUGUGAAGAUGUCACCAGCAGAGGGUGCCCUGAGCACUGACUGUAGGGCUGUGGAGGAGCGCCCACAUUUUAUACAUAAAUCUUAUUUUACAGCCCAGAGAUGAAGCUCUGUAUGUCUGUUCUCUGUGUGCUGAUCUAUUUAAUGGGUCCUGGUUCUGAUUUAUCACCAGCAAUAUCCAUCAUUUAGCUUUGCAUCAGUUUGUAUCAUUUUCUGACUCAGGUCAGAACCAAAUGCUAAAAUAAAAGAUGUUCAACAGCUUCUCAGUCACACUGAA